UUCACAGGAAGCUGGACCAGCAAUGGCUCUGCUGAAGGUUCUGCUGCUGCUGGGGCUGGGUGUCUCGGUGAACUCUGGCUCCGUCUCACUGCAAAAGAGGAUUGUUGGCGGUCAUGAUUGCCAUGACAACGAGCGUUGGUAUCACGUGAAGAUCAUGGAGAACGGCGAUCAUAUCUGCGGAGGCUCUCUGAUCAGCGAGCGCUGGGUUCUGACGGCGGCUCACUGCGUGAGAUCGAGGAACAUCUUGAUCCAGCUGGGGCGCCAUCCUGCCACCGCACGCCGCCAGCUGGAGUUUGUGAGCCACACCGUCGUCUUUGGACACAACCACGACAUCGCUUUGGUGAGGCUUCGGUCGCCGACGGCCAUCUUGCCCGUCCGGCUGCCCGACUGUCAGGCGCGUCUGAGAAAUGGUGAUGAAGUCCAGCUGGCCGGGUACGCAACAACAAUGACCGGCCGCUACUUACAGCGAAUCCCUGCUCCCAUGACUCUUCGUCUUCAGUGCGUCAACAUGAACGUCGUCGGCUUCCAAAGAAACGCUGCAUACGGAAACGUCUUCCUGGUCCGAGCGCCAAACAGAGACAUCUGUCUUGGCGACUCUGGAGGAGGAGUGGUGCACAACAACAUGCUUUAUGGAGUAAUUUCAUUCACUGGCAAUGGAAACUACGCCUGCCGCGCUCCAGUUGGGGUGAUGGAUGUUUGUGUAUACCUGCAGCUCAUCAACCAGCAAGUGUUCCCCGGUCUUCAUGUUUCUGAUUAAUCUCCAUUUUAUCAGCAGCAACAGAGAAUCCACUGCUGCAUAAAUGGAAAAUAAAUAAAUGUAGAUAACUACUUCCUG